AUGGACGACGGCAUCGAGCUCAACUUUGCUGCCUCGUCGGGCACAGGAGUCCGCCGACAGCUGACUGCUAAAAAAGGUGGCCGCUGGACCGACCGUGUCAAGCAGAACCAGGCCGUCCGUCGUGUGGUCAAGAAGUACGAGUCCGAGUCGUCGGCACCCAAGCCCAAGCCCCAGGCUCAGCCUGUGGUAAGGCCCAGGAAGCCCGCUCCUCAUGCUCCCAUCAUCCCCACUCCCCGCCCUGCCGCUGCCCGCCCCCAGCCUGCCGUGUCGAGGCCCGCUCCCGCCACCUCUGCCAACAAGGCUGUUCCCAAGCCUGCUUCCAAGCCGUCUGCACGGGACCGCGGCUCGUCGCCCGAGGCUGGCCCCUCACGUCUCCCCUUCCCCGCCCAGCCGGCCGCUCCCAAGCCCGCCGCUGCGCCAAAGGCCGCCCCCGCCAUCAUCUCGUCCCUCUUCUCUGCCAACCCCGUGUACGAGCGUGUCACCCAGGUGGCGCCUGUUCUCGGCGCCCCGUCCAACGCUCCCAUCGACACCACCAGCUUUGCGGGCCUCGGACUUGACCCCCUCCUUGUUCACCACCUGAAGAACAAGAUGGACAUUGCCGCACCCACGGGUAUCCAGAAGAGCGCUUUGCCAUUCAUGCUCUCGGCGCCUCUGGACAUCAACGCGCGCCGUGAAGAGGACGAGGACGGAAACCUCUUGCCCGUUGCCGAGGAGGGACUGCAGGACAUCUUCAUCCAGAGCCAGACUGGUUCGGGUAAGACCCUCUCUUUCCUCCUCCCCAUCAUCCAGACUCUCCUCCCCCUCUCGCGCUUGAGUUACAUUGACCGCUCGAUCGGUACCCUCGCCAUUAUCCUCGCCCCGACCCGUGAACUCGCCCAGCAAAUCUCCAAGGUCGUCGAGAGCAUUCUCUCCAUGGCACUCUCGCUCCAGGAUGACGAGGAGGACCGCGGAUACACCCGUUGGCUCGUCAGCGGUCUCCUUGUCGGUGGAAGCACCCGCACCCACGAAAAGGCCAAGCUCCGCAAGGGUGUGCCCAUUCUCGUCGCUACUCCCGGUCGUAUCCUGGAUCACCUCCAGAACACCCAGAGCUUCCAGUGCGCCAAGACCCUGUUCCUCGUUCUCGACGAGGCGGAUCGUCUUAUGGACCUCGGUUUCGAGGAGAGCCUUCAAAACAUCAUCAAGGCCCUCGACGGUCGCAGGAGGAACGAGAUCAACGCCGAGCGUGAGCAGGACGCCGCAGGCGGUGGUAUGAUGCGUUGGCCGUACUGGAACCGUGGAAGGCGCACUGUCCUGUGUUCCGCCACCAUUGACGCCAAGGUCGAGCGUCUUGCCGGCGAGGCCCUUCGCAACCCCGUGCUGUUCCGUUCGUCGGAUGUCGUCGAGGCGGAAACCGCCGGCAAGGCCAAGGCCAAGGCGGCUGGUGACGCCGCGGUCGCCGACGCCCUCAACGCCGCCACAUCAAUUAUUCUCCCCGACGCUGGCGAGAAGUUUACGCCUCCCUCGCAACUCGCCCAAAAGUAUGUCGUCACUCCCACCAAGCUCCGUCUCGUCACACUCGUUUCUCUCCUCCGUUCCCUCGUCGGCAGUGCGGCCAAGAUCGAGGUCGACUCGGACUCUAAGGAAGGCACCAAGGUGAUGGUCUUCCUCUCGUCCACCGACGCGGUCGACUACCACUUCAAGCUCCUCGGUGGCGUGUCCAUGGGCCAGCCGGCCGCCGAGGACUCGUCCGACUCGGACUCUGACUCUGACGAGGAGGGCAAGGAAAGCGCAGACGAAGAAGAUGAUGCGGAGAAGAAGAAGAGGCAGGAGCAGAGGAAGAAGGAGAAGAAGAAGGCAAAGGCCAAGGCUGCCGCCGACCUCAUCACCCUCACCUCACCGCUGUUCCCCAACACCGCCAUCCAGCGUCUCCACGGUUCGCUCCCCUUGCGCACACGUCAGGCCUCGCUCAAGGCAUUCGGCACACCCUCAGCCGGAGCUUCCAUCCUCUUGUGUACCUCGGUCGCGUCCCGUGGUCUCGACUUGCCGCUCGUCAAGGCUGUCGUGCAGUACGACCUUCCCACCGAAGGUGGUGCUGCCGAGUACGUCCACCGUGUCGGUCGUACCGCUCGUGCCGGUAAGGGUGGUGAGGCUUGGGCCCUUGUCAGCCCCUCCGAGUCCGAGUGGGUGCCCUGGGUUGAGGGCAAGAUGUGCUCGGCCAGCAGCGCCGAGAACGACAACGAGGGCGGCAGCGUGCGUCUCCAGCAGGUCGGCGUCGACGAGGUCCUUCGCAAGGGUAUGGGCGGUCGCGGAAACCAGUUUGAGGCCCGUGCUACCGAGGUCCAGCUCGCGUUCGAGCAGUGGGUCCUGGCCGACGAGGCCAACGUUGUGGCCGCCCGCAGGGCCUUUGCUUCGUGGGUUCGCGCCUACUCGACGCACCCUCUCGAGGAGCGUCGCUUCUUCGCCGUCAAGGCCCUGCAUCUCGGACACCUCGCCAAGGCCUUUGCGCUCCGUGAGGCCCCCGGCGCCAUCGCUGCUCCCAAGUCCAAGUCCAAAAAGGACGACAAGGCUGGUGCGGGCGGCAAGCGCAAGCGCGGCGGCGACUAUGGCGGCGACUCGGACGACUCGGACGACGGCAAGCCCAAGGGCAAGGAGGCGACCGCACGUAACGAGACCGAGCGCCGCAUGUACGAGGCUGUGCGUAAGCAGGGUCGUCUGCACAAGAGCGGUGGUGCUCUCGGCGCCUACUCUGGCAAGCAGAGUGCCAGCGCCAAUGCCAGCGCCAGGACAGGCGGUGGUGGCGGCGGCGGCGAGUUCCAGGUCAUGGACACUAGCGCUUUGGAGCGCAUGGCCACUGGCCAGCGCUAA